UGCAAAGAAGGUACCAAAGAGACCCCAUUAUAUAACUCAGGAUGGCGCAAUUUCCGAAUCGAUGAAAAAGAAUGAUGAGUGGUAUAGCCUGUUUGGAGGAAUCGUUAAUAUCGAUCUUAAACGUGUACCUGACGAAGCAAUUGCGUUGAUGAUGUCACAUGAAUUGGCGAUCGUAAGAACAAUGCAUGGCAUGAAAAACCCGCAAAUCAUAUUUUCUGAAACUGAGGGUGGAAUUACCAUUGGAUUUAUGGGGAAGCACGUGUCAAGAUGAAUCCUGGGGAAACUCACGAAGCAAGUGUUUUCGUCAGUUCUUUUGGUAAACCAUUAGAUGGUGUUGAUGUCAUUAUGGACGUUGCAAGAAACUCAAUUGCGGAUACGGAUUGCGGAUGGAAUAUAUGUAGCAAGUCAGUUCUGAGAAUGAAUAAAUGAAAAAUUCAAAUGAAUAUAUUUUAAUAUUUGAUCUAUUAAUCUGAAAGUUUAAUGUUCUUUCAGCGCUAAUGGGCAGCCCCGAAAUGCAGCACAGUUUUCGCAUACUCCUUCAAAAAAGCGCCCAGGUUUAUACGAAUUCAAAAUCACUGCUUUCGACCCAGGUAAUCCAAGAGGUUGUGGACUUGAUGGUCAAAUAUAUCCCAUUGAAAUUAUUUUAAGACAUAUUUCUACUUUACCACAAUUUAUAUCCUAUAAUGUGGAAGAAUGACAUCAUAGACCUUUCUUCCUAUGCUGACGUCAAAAAAAGAAAUAGAAUGUUGAAAUAUGCCAUGUUCGAGACAGAUUUUGACGACCCACGGUACAUGCCAAUAUCGCGUGAUUUAUCAAAAGGUAAAGCAAAGUUAAUUAAAAAUUGGAUGGAGUGUGGAAUGAUAGAAACUGAUAAUCCAGUACUCCCAACUUGCGACUAUGAAGAGAUAAAAAAGCGUCAAAAGCAAGUGAAACAAUUGGUACAACGAGCAAUAACUCUUGAGCUAACCACAAUACCUCCUUAUUAUACUGCGUGGCUGAGCUUGCAAACGGAAUUUGGAAGAAACAGAGAGGCCGCUGAUAUUCUUAAAUCUGUUUUUGUCGACGAGAUGUUGCAUAUGUCUCUCGCAGCCAACAUAUGAAUGCGAUCGAUGGAACCGUGAAUUUGUCCACUUAUUCAAACCUUCCCCAAUAUCCAACAACUUUGGAGUUUGGCGAAUCUUACAAAAUAGCACCAAACUUGAUAAUUACUCUUGGGCCAAUGACUAAAGGAUUAAUAAAUGACGUUUUCCUUACAAUUGAAGCUCCGGCAGACGAGCAUCAGAAAAAGAUUUUAGAAAAUGUCAUCAGAGUUUUAGAAAUGCUUCCACCAAAUCCGUCAUCUUCUAUCUUCUCAAAAUUUGUUUCUGAUCAUUCAUACAAAAUACCUGAUAACGAGACCGAGCGUGACUGUUUAGGUCAUGGUGCCUACGUUACCACAGAUUGGGAAAAGAUUAAAAACUUCUCUUCAAACGCAAUUUAUAGUAUUUCAAAAACAGAUAUUUCGAGUAUUGGAGCUUUUUAUACUUUGAUCGCUCUAAAUCUUGCAUUUCUAGAGUCUUGUUAUCAAACCGAAAAUUAUGAUUCUGACACGAUAUUUACUGGAAAUCAAAGUUACCAAAUUGAGGCUACUCGUUGGCAUAGACCUGAAAUGACCGAUGAUAUGAACAAUGAAUCCCCAAUCUUUGGAGUAUAUGAUCUGAAAAAGCGCUUUGCAUGCAAUUAUUGCUAUUAUUCACGACGGCGAAGGGGGAACGAGCUGUGCGCCACAUCUGAGCAAUAGUUCUGAUAUUCUUCCACACUACUAUAGGUUUAUGGAAAUUGCAUAUGGAAACAAAUUGAUGAAAUUACGAAAAUCGAAUGCGCUAGGACUAUACCCGUGCAUUAAAAUAGACGGAUGUGUGAAACGAGACUGAAUACGAAUUUUGUUUCUCUGGCGAACCAGUAUCGUUUAGUCAGGAUGGAGUGUGGCCGUUAAUUUUUAAUCCUGGUGAGAAUAUUUAUCAGAAAAACUCUGAUGCCUAUAGAUUAAACAAAGAUUUCAAUCAUUUGUAUACAAGGCUAGUUAAAGUGCUUAGAGACUACAUUUGGUGGUUCGCCUGAUUAUGUAACAAAUUGUAUGCAAGAAAUGCAUUAUAUGAGAAUUAUUGGGAAAAAAUUAGUACAAACUCCCGUGUACAAAGAUAAACUCAAACUUGGCACUGGAACUCCAACUUGGACUUACCAGCGAGACAAAAGCGAUACGACAGGGUUGCCUUUAAUCCAGAACUUUGAAACGUUAUAUUAGAAUCAUUUUC